AUGUCCGACGGCGAGUCUUCAUCAGACUAUGAGCAGGACUGGGACAACCUGGAGCGUGACUCCAUGCGAGCGCUGGAGGCACGCUUGGCGCAACUGGACGAUGCCGGCCAGGCAGAUCUGCAGCAGAGGGGCGCAGCCAGAGCGGCUGCAGCGAGCAGCACGGAUGUUGCAUCUGGGGAGAGAGUCCUGGAAGCAGCCGAACAAGGCUUCGUGCCUGGCCCGCACGAUGACCUCAGGCAGAUGCGCGAUGCAGUCCUGAGCGAGCCGUAUCGGCCUGAGGACCACGUGCUGACUCAGGAGGAGAUGUGGGCUGGCUUCUCUUCCGAGGAGGAAGCGGUUGAAGCGCCGCUGGUCAUGGAAGUUCCAGCUGCCACCAACAAGGGCCCGUCGGAAGCCGCCUCCAGGGUGCCAGAGCAGCCGCAGAAGCGGCAGGCGGUGCUGGAGAUGUCGCAGCCAUCCCAACCGAGUUCGCAGGCUUGUCGGCAAAAGUCAGGUCCCUUUUGCCAGCAGCUUGCACAGCUUCUAUUCGCAGAGGAUCUAGUCACUUUGAACACAUUUGAUCAGAUUUGUGAGGCUUUCGAUGCUUCACAGUUAGUCGAUGCUGGUCGGCUUCUUGAGAAUGCCUGUCUUCAGGAGCCGUACCGUCCGGAAGAUCACGAGCUUACGGCCGAGGAAUUCUGGGGAGGUACAAGCGACUCCUCACAAGAAAGGCAGUCGAUUGCAGCACUUCCCGCAAAGACUACCGGGAAGCUGCAGCAAGCGCCACUCGCGGAAACGGAGAAGCCCUCGGAAGCCGUGCGGCUGGAACGCCUGCUGUCGGCCGCGGCGGCCCCAACGGUACUGGCAGACUUAAGUUUUGUCGAGCUCGGGGAGGUGGCGCGCGAUUGCCUGAAGGCCGCCGAGACUCUGCAAUGGGUCCUGAAUCGACA